AUGUCUAAACCUGAUAUAAAAGAUAUUAAUAUCUUUUUACCUCGUCCUUACCAAUGCCCGAACAAUGGUUUUGUUAGUGGAUACUCGGCAGUUCCUAGGAAUAGAUACGGAGAUGUGGCAGUAAAGUGUUGUAAAGCACUAGGUGUCACCUAUAACCCGAAAGAAUGCGUUCAGUAUUUUCGAGUGGAGGAUCCAAAAUACCCGUCUCCAACUAACCCCGGAUAUUAUCUAGUUGGAUCCAUUCCUCUUUUUCUUCCUCAGGGAAAAAUUGGUUUUUACAACACAGAAUGUCUAUUCCGCAGAAGCAAAGCCUUCAAUUUGCCAAUCUUUUAAAAGGAAGUUAACAACGUUGAGAAUUAGAUUUUUUAUGUUAUGCACUGGUGUAGAUUCAUUCCUGAAACAUCAAAUUUUAUUUAUGAAAAAUCACAUCAUUCUAU